AUGCAAGAAAAUCUGAGCAAGUCUGGCUUCUCCAAGUCUCUGUCUCGAGGGAAAAAGUGGAAAUCUAAAUCCAUGAGGAUUAUUCCGGAAGAGUUCUUGAGAAGCACCUGUGAGUCUUUUGAGCACAGAGUGGUGCUUAGUGUUCCUUGGAACAAUUCUUGGCAACUCUGGCUCCAACAAGACAAGAAAGGUCUGUCUAUGAUCAAAGAAGACUGGAAUGAGUUUGUGGAUGACAAUCUUUUAGGUCCAGAUGAUACCUUGGUCUUCACACACCAAGACACUAUGUAUUUCCAAGUGCGAAUCUUCAAGAAAGAUGGGAAAGAGAUCAUCUCUGCACCUCUUAGAGUUGAACCCGAAACUAAACCAUUUUCUCCUAAGCCUCACCUGGAGACAACCCCUGCUUCUACCUCUGCAAGUGGAAGAACAACUACUCGAGGGAGAAAGAAUCCUGCUAAUGUGCAAAACCCUGAGCGAUACCUCUUAAACCCCCAAAACCCUUAUUUUGCGAAGACACUGACCAAGACGAACCAUAUGCUGAUUGUAGGCCCUCGGGUGAUUAGGGAGUAUGGCUUGGAGUUUGGUCCCCAUAACUCCCCUAUUGACUUCUUUCUUCCCGAUGGAAAUAAAAUGGAUGGCGUCACCAGGUGUUACCGCGAUUUAAUUGGUUUUGUUGGCUGGGUGGAUGUAUGUCAACAGUACAACCUUAAAAUAGGAGACACUGUUGUUUGUGAAUUUGAACUCUCAGGACGUGUGGUUAAGGCUGUUAGAGUGCAUUUCGUCAAUGAAUGA